GCGAGAGCAUCUGGUUGGGCUCAGUGGCGCAAGUACCUCCAUCCGGCAGGGGUCGCUAAGUCAGUAUUACAUCAAGUCAAGAUGACGACGUUAAGACCAUUCACCUGCGACGACUUGUUUAAAUUUAACAAUAUCAACUUGGACCCUUUGACAGAAACAUAUGGGAUCCCCUUCUACCUGCAGUACCUGGCCCACUGGCCUGAGUACUUCAUUGUUGCCGAGGCUCCUGGAGGUGUACUGAUGGGAUAUAUCAUGGGGAAGGCAGAGGGAUCCGUGGCCCGGGAAGAGUGGCAUGGUCAUGUCACAGCUCUGUCCGUGGCUCCCGAGUUUCGAAGGCUCGGAUUGGCAGCAAAACUCAUGGAAAUGCUGGAGGAAAUCUCAGAAAGGAAAGGUGGCUUCUUCGUAGAUCUCUUUGUGCGAGUAUCCAACCAGGUGGCGGUCAACAUGUACAAGCGUCUGGGUUACAGCGUCUACAGGACCGUCAUCGAGUAUUACUCGGCCAGCAAUGGUGAACCAGACGAGGAUGCUUACGGUAAGACGCCUGCUGAUUUUGUCCUUGUAAUGUUGGACACGAGACAGAUACGUGAUGAUGUCCAUGUGUGCAGACAUGAGGAAAGCUUUGUCCAGAGAUAUGGAGAAGAAGUCCAUCAUUCCAUUGCCACAUCCUGUAAGGCCCGAGGACAUCGAAUAACGAUCCUUGUGGCUCUAUGA